CCGUGCCGUAGCCAUUUUAUUUCUCUGUAGCGUUCGAGACGGUCGCUGUGCUGUACCUCAAUAAUCUCAAGCUUCUCACUCGAGCACUUUUAAUUUUUUUAAUUUUUUAAUUUUCACUUAAACCUUUAAUCAUGAGGGAGAUUGUACACAUUCAAGCCGGUCAGUGCGGAAACCAAAUUGGAGCCAAGUUCUGGGAAAUCAUUUCUGAUGAACACGGCAUUGACCCAACUGGAGCCUACCACGGAGACUCUGAUCUUCAGUUGGAACGUAUCAAUGUAUACUACAAUGAAGCAUCAGGUGGAAAGUAUGUACCUCGCGCCAUUUUGGUUGAUUUGGAACCUGGUACCAUGGAUUCUGUCAGAUCUGGACCAUUCGGUCAAAUUUUCAGACCAGACAACUUUGUCUUUGGACAAUCAGGUGCUGGAAACAAUUGGGCUAAAGGUCAUUACACAGAGGGUGCUGAGCUUGUAGAUUCAGUAUUAGAUGUUGUCAGGAAAGAAGCUGAGAGCUGUGAUUGUCUUCAAGGUUUCCAACUGACACAUUCCUUAGGUGGUGGUACCGGUUCUGGUAUGGGAACCUUAUUGAUCUCCAAAAUCCGUGAAGAAUACCCAGACAGAAUUAUGAAUACAUAUUCUGUUGUACCUUCCCCCAAAGUGUCAGACACUGUUGUAGAACCCUACAAUGCUACCCUUUCAGUUCACCAAUUGGUUGAAAAUACCGAUGAAACCUAUUGUAUUGACAACGAAGCUUUAUAUGACAUUUGCUUCCGUACAUUAAAACUUACAACACCAACAUACGGUGACUUAAACCACUUGGUCUCUUUGACCAUGUCUGGAGUUACCACUUGUCUUAGGUUCCCUGGUCAACUUAACGCUGAUCUCCGUAAACUCGCCGUCAACAUGGUUCCUUUCCCCAGGUUACAUUUCUUCAUGCCUGGUUUUGCUCCUCUUACAUCUCGUGGAAGCCAACAAUACAGGGCACUAACUGUACCCGAACUUACCCAACAAAUGUUUGACGCCAAAAACAUGAUGGCAGCAUGUGACCCACGACAUGGACGUUAUCUAACUGUAGCUGCUGUAUUCCGUGGCCGUAUGUCCAUGAAGGAAGUUGAUGAACAAAUGUUGAACAUCCAGAACAAAAACUCGAGCUACUUCGUUGAAUGGAUUCCCAACAAUGUUAAAACUGCAGUGUGUGAUAUUCCUCCAAGAGGUUUGAAAAUGUCUGCCACAUUCAUCGGUAACUCUACAGCUAUCCAAGAAUUGUUCAAGAGAAUCAGUGAACAGUUCACUGCUAUGUUCAGGCGUAAGGCUUUCUUACAUUGGUACACUGGUGAAGGUAUGGAUGAGAUGGAAUUCACUGAAGCUGAAUCCAACAUGAAUGAUUUAGUAUCUGAAUACCAACAAUACCAAGAAGCUACUGCUGAUGAAGAAGCUGAAUUCGACGAAGAACAGGAACAAGAAGUUGAUGAAAACUAGACUUCUUUUAAACAAUUAGCUUAUAAUUUAAUUUUUGUUACAUUUUUUUUUAAAAAAAAAUUCUGUAUAUUAAUCCAUUAUUUUUUUAUACUUAAUGCUUUUUCAUUCCAUGAUACAUUUCCCUCAUACUAAAAAAACACUGCUUUUUUUAUUUUGAAUUAUAAUUGAACAAUAUAGCUUUACGAGAUUAAAAUUUAAAAUUAUUUUCAAGCACAUGAA